AAAAUUGGUCCGCCCGCAACGAACACUGGCGAGCUACCUAGUGAAUCACUAAUAUCCAUUUUACCUUUCUGCUUUCUUGUUUCAAGAACGCCAAAACGCAAAGCAGCUACUUUCUCCACUCUCUCCUCUCCGAAUGAGCUAGGGUUUAUCGUUUUUCGUAUUCCGUUUCCAUAAUCAGGUAUCCGAUGGCUCCUAAUCCGAGAGUGGUGAACGCGUUCAGGGCGAUGAGAGCGAUUGGAAUAACAGAGAAGCAGGUUAAGCCUGUAUUGAAGAAGAUGCUGAAGCUUUAUGACAAAAAUUGGGAGCUUAUAGAGGAGGAAAAUUAUAGAGCUCUUGCGGAUGCUAUCUUUGAAGAGGAGGAGGCUAAGGUUCCGGAAGAGAAGGAUGAGGCUGCUGAGGGGACUUUGGAGGAAGAAACUUUGGUAUCUAGUGAACCUGAGUUGCCAUUAAAGCGGCUGCGAAGAGGGCAAGAUGGGCAAGUUUCUGGAUCUCCUAGUGACAUUGAGGCUGAAUUGGGUGGAAGCCCUUUUAAGAAGAGUAAAGUCGAGGGGAAGGGACUGGCUGGUGAAACAUCGGAGCAGCAGUCAUCGGACAUGAGAAUUUCACAACCGAAGCCAAUUGCAAUUUGGAGUCCUAAUAGAAACACAAGUUCACAAACUGUUUCUCCUGACAUGAGAAUUUCACAACCGAAGCCAAUUGCAAUUUGGAGUCCUAAUAGAAACACAAGUUCACAAACUGUUUCUCCUCGUCGUUUGGCAGUGCUGGAACACUCUAAGCAGCGUUCCAAUGAGGGAAAAGAUCCUUUAUUAUCAGAGGCUGCUGCACAACAGAAAAGACCUAAUUUAAAAGGAUCGUCACAAGCAGUUCACCUUAAAGACCCCAUAGUUCAGCAAGGCAUUCUUCUUUCACCCAAACAAAAAAUGCCUCUUAUCAAGCCUAAAGACGAGCCAUUUACUGAUGAUGUGCCCUUUGAUGACGCACCACAACCUAUCGCAAUAAUCCGACCAGAUUGUGCACGUAAAGAACAAUACUUUAAUCAGAGAGUUUCUUCACUCAAACUGCAUCGACAAGAACGUCCGGCAUCCCGAGUUUUAGCUGGUGAAGGUAGGGAAGGGAACCUUCCAGUCCCAUCAAGUCUGACAAGAGACAGUUGUGAACUUGCAACCAUUCCAGAGGAAGCUCAGGCUAACUUAGAGAUCGCCACCUCAGCAUUGGGAGAGGUGAAGAUUUCUCUGAGCUGCAACUCUUUGCUUGGAAGACCAAAUUUUCAUAUGCCUAGUCAAGAUGAACUUCUGAAAUCAAUGCAGGAGAAAUGUCUCCGAACUUACAAAAUCAUCGAUCCAAACUUUUCUGUCAUGCAAAUACUGAAAGAUAUGUGUGAAUGCUUCUUGGACUUGGCAACUGAUUCCUCUCAUGAAUCGCAGGAAAGGAUAUUGAAUGUAACUCCAGCUCUUGAUCUAAUGAAGAAAUCUGCUGGUGUUGGUGCCAUUAAACAAAAUGACCGUAUACAAGCCUAUUUUGCAAACAGAUCAGUUGAUGCCUAUUGCUUUGAUGGGAAGGCCGCUCUUCAAAUUCCAAGAUCACUACAACUUUCAAAUGGCUUGGAGGUCAUGCAUUCUCGUGAAGAGGUUAUUGCGAAUGGGUGUUCUGGCAGCGGCAAAGAAAAGGAAUUUGAAGAUGCUGAGUAUGGUAGUUUGAUUGUGGUUCCACAGCAUCAAUUGACUGCUGAUGAGUUUAGGUUCCUUAAUUACCAUUCUGACAUUACCAAGGGAGAAGAAAUGGUUGAGAUUCCAUGGUCGAAUGAAGUAAACAGCGAGUUUCCCCCAGUUUUUAACUACAUACCCCGAAAUUUGAUUUUUCAAAAUGCUUAUGUCAACUUCUCUCUCUCACAAAUUAGGGCUGAAAAUUGUUGCUCGGCUUGUAUUGGUAAUUGUUUGUCGUCAUCUACGCCUUGUGUUUGCUCCAGCGACAGUGAGCAUGGUUUUGCAUAUACUUUAGAAGGCCUUGUCAAAGAGGAUUUCUUAGAAGAUUGUAUCUCUCUAACUCGGAAUCCUCAAAGACAAUUUCUUUUUUACUGUAGAGAUUGCCCACUGGAAAGAUCAAAAAAUGAUGAGAUGUUGGAACCAUGCAAAGGUCACUUGAAGAGGAAAUUUAUUAAAGAAUGUUGGAGCAAAUGUGGCUGCCACAAACAGUGUGGAAAUAGAGUUGUGCAGCGAGGUAUAAUGUGCAAGUUGCAGGUUUUCUUUACUCCUGAAGGAAAGGGGUGGGGUCUCAGAACUCUAGAAUUGCUACCAAAAGGUACAUUUGUAUGUGAGUAUGUAGGGGAGAUUCUAACCAACAAAGAGUUCUACGAGAGGAAGAUGCAAAGGGCAACUAGCAACAAAACUGAAAAGCAUGCCUAUCCAGCUGUACUCGAUGCAGAUUGGUGCUUGAAAGGAGUUGUAAAUGAUGAAGAAGCUCUGUGCUUGGAUGCGACAUUUUAUGGAAAUGUUGCUAGGUUUAUCAACCACAGAUGUCUCGAUGCUAACAUGAUCGAGAUCCCGGUGAAGAUUGAGACCCCUGAUCAUCAUUAUUAUCAUCUUGCUUUCUUCACGGCUAGAGAAGUGAAUGCUUUGGAAGAGUUAACCUGGGAUUAUGGUAUUGAUUUUGAUGAUACUGAUCAACCUGUGGAGUUAUUCCAGUGCCGAUGUGGCAGCAAGUUCUGCAGGAACAUGAAACGUUCAAGUAGAUCUAAUUCAGCAGCAAGAUGAUUGGGAGCGCGGAUGACGAGACUGCUGAUAUUUUGUUAGAAUCCCAUCCAUGACACGGGAAGAAAGCUUUCAAGUGGACUUGCUUAAUUUUUCUUAAUCCUACUGUAAUCUUGUCAAAGUCAUGGAAUUAUUUUGUUAAGCGAAGUGGUUUAUCAGCAGCGGCCUUGUGAAUCUGGUUUUGGUUGCUCAGAUUGUAUCAGCAGCGGCCUUAUGAAUCUGGUUUUGGUUGUUCAGAUUGCAUGAUCUACCGUCUGUGCCGUGGAUUAUGCAUCUAAAUCCUGGACAUUUUGCUGCAUUUUUGAGGAAGGGGGUCCUAUGCCAGGUGUUUCCUGUGGAUAUUUUUUGAGUUUUGCUGAAGUGUUUCUGUGGUGCAUGGGCAACAAAAACUGGGUCAUGUAUGGUGGUUGGUUUAUUCCUAUUAGUGUACAGGUUUAUGGCUGUCUUGGUAAUCUGCUUUUGACUGCUUCCCGUCGAUGUUGGCCAGCACGGUUUGGCCAACGGCUGCUAUUUGGGUGGGCAGAAGAUGCCAUUCACCGCA